CAGGAGGGAGCGAGUGAGGGAGAAGGAAGGGGAUUCAGCUGCGAUGGAGGAGGAAGCCGGUCAGGGCCGGAGCUGUGCCAUGAGCGGAGGAGGGGGCUCCUCCAUGGAUCUCCUUCCUCCCCCGGGGGCCAUCACCCUCGAGCAGCUCCAGGGGGACUUCGAGGAGGAGGACGAAGAGGAGGACGAGGAGGAAGAAUGCCAGGAGGACCGGCUGCUGGCCUACUGGCAGGGGGUGGGCAGGGGCCACCAGGUGGAGGUCCCCCCAGACAUGGCAGAGCCAAUCCAGCAACUGACAAGGAAUAACCAGGCACAGGACAGAGAAACGGUCCCCUUCACUGUAAUAAACCGAAAAGAGAAGUUUGGGGAGCUUCUUUAUGAGAAGCGGCACUACGGGCCGUCCAAGUGGGCCUGCGUCAACGCGCAAGAAGAGCAGUACGAGCAGAGCAUCUGCCUGGGAUUCAUGAAGAUCAUGAGAUACAUCUGUGAGCAGAACUCCUCAGGUCUGUACCUGGGGAUGACUGUCCCCAUCGUGACAGUGGUCCACACUGAGGAGGCCGUGCCGGACAUCCGUAGGCUGGUGACAGUGGCCUACCGCCUGCCCUCGGAGCUUCAGGACCGCCCCCCGGAGCCCUGCGACCCUGACAUCUCCAUCCAGGAGUGGCCCCCGGCCACCGUCUAUGCCAGGGGCUUCAGAGGCGUCACCAACGAAGGCACCAUCGCAAGAGAAAUCACUUCCCUGGCCGAACUUCUGGAGAGCCCCGAGCUGUAUGUGCGAGAUACCUUCGUGGUGGCGGGUUACACCAACCCAGCGUCGGCAAAUCGGCAGAACGAAAUAUGGUUCCUUGAAAAACCAGAGGCUGCUUUUCAGCUGUGAGCCGAAGACCGGACCCCCGGGUGGCACAUCCCACCAGCACAGCCUGACAAACCAGCUCCCUUCCUUUGGUAAAAUGUGAAAUGUUUGUUGCAUCUGUGCUUCUAGCUCAGGUAUGAGCCAACUUUGGUCCUCCGUCCGGGUGUUUUGGAUUCCAACUCCCACCAUUCCUAACAGCCUCAGGCCUUUUCCUUUUCCCCCUCGGCCGCUUAAGCGGCCGAGGGGGAAAAGGAAAAGGCCUGAGGCUGUUAGGAAUGGUGGGAGUUGGAGUCCAAAACACCCGGACGGAGGACCAAAGUUGGCCCAUGCCUGUAAUCUUGCUGUUCUGCUGCUACAAUUCUUCAUAGCCUUUGUUGAGUUUUAUUCUAUCACUUUCCUCCAAAAUGAGAGAUGCUAAACACGAGGCAGAAUGUAUUCAGUAGACAGAAACAUCUGAUUCUUGCAAGAUGAAGCUCAUAUAAUGAUGGUGAGGAAGGUUAUCUGCCCAGUUUUCCUUUUACAGAUUAAUGUAGGACCUAGAGUUGGAAGGGGCCGCACAAGCCAUCCGGCCCAAGGUAAUAGUAAAUACAGUACUACUGAAAACACUUCUAAAAGAGGCCCAUCCAGUCUCUUCUUUCUUUCUUCUGUUCUCCAAGGUGAACAUACCCCAAUCUCUAAGGUGUCCAUCAGAAGACUUGGGCCCCAUCUAUGCUGCCAGAUAAAAACAAGACUAUCUACUUUCAACUGGAUUAAAUGGCAUUGUAGACUCAUACAAUCUAGUUCAAAUCAGCAGUAUACAUGGGGCCUUGGUUUCUAGACCUUAGACCACAUUAAGAUGUCCUUAUUCAGCUAUAAAAUAAUAAUAACAAUAAUUUUAUUUCUUACCCGCCUCUCCUUGUGGUUUGAGACGGGUCACAGCAUAGUAGAAACAUAAAAAUAUUUUUAAAAAAUCUAUAAAAACUCAUAUUACAAUAGAGUCUUGCUUAUCCAACAUAAACGGGCCGGCAGAACAUUGGAUAAGUGAAAAUGUUGGAUAAUAAGGAGGGAUUAAGGAAAAGCCUAAUUAAAUUACAUUACAAUCAAAUUACAUUAUGAUUUUACAAAUAAAGCACCAAAAUAUCAUGUUUUACAACAAAUUAACAGAAAAAGCAGUUCAAUACACGGUAACGUUAUGUAGUAAUUACUGUAUUUACAAAUUAGCACCAAAACAUCGCAAUGUAUUGAAAACAUUGACUACAAAAACACUGACUACUAAAAGGCAGACUGCGUUGGAUAAUACAGAACGUUGGAUAAGUGAAGGUUGGAUAAGCGAGACUCUACUGUAAACUGUAGUUCUAUAUAAAAGACACAUAUUAAAACAUAUUUCAAUAAAAUACAUAUUAUCCCCUCUAGCCCAUUUCUUCCUUGACUUCUGUUGCCCAGAGCUGGACACAGGGUCCUUAUCUUAGCGGAGCCCUGACCAAGGCAAAUGAGAGAGAGAAUACUAUGAUGUGAAACUCCUUUGGGGAGAGAAAAACUCAUAUACACAAUAAAUAAUAUUUCCCUCCAAUUGCUUAUUUGCUGGUAUUGAUGCAACCCCUUCCCAUCAGCAUGGAAGAGGCUUCCAGUUCUAUAUUCACAGCUGUGAAUGCUGAACAAAAUUGUGAAAUGUAUUUAAGUUGUUAUUAAUAUUAUUUAUUUAUUUAUUUACUUUUAUCCCACUUUUUCCCCCUAUAUGGGACUCAAAGCGGCAAGUACAUGUUCAGGUUUGAGGUGAACUUGUACUUGAAUUGUUCCUGCUUAAGACACCAGACAACAGAAAAUCAAAGCUCAAAGAGAUGCUAAAUCUUAACAUAACGGUUGCCCUCGUUAAGAUCCAUUUGGAAGAGCCCAGCUGAGCUCUUCCCGAAGGCUCACUUGAAAGGGUUUCACAAUAAUUGUAUAUAAAGAAGUUUGUGUUCAGGGACUUGGAUUAUGAAAUAUAUAUAUAUUAUAGAAAGAGUGUAUUUUUUUAAAAGAGAAUCUAAAUUUGAGUUGGAAAUAUCCCAUGACCUGUAUGUUUUAACAGCAGGCUAGGAAAAUACUGCUUCAGGCAAUCCUUCACAAAAGACCUUAUAAUGUGACCACUUAAUGUGAUGACCUGCUGCUGAUGUUAAUAACCUCAGAAUACCUCCACUAUAGAGAAUGCAGUUUUCUCUCUCUCUCCCCCCCCCCCCCCCAAAAGUACAGACAUUCCUACUUCCCAUGAGCAUCAACUGAUGUUUUGCACAUUAACUAUUCCUUUAUAAAGACGUUUCAGGAAUGAAUAGCCGUCUAGAGCAGUGGUUCCCAACGUUUGGGCCUCCAGGUGUUUUGGACUUCAACUCCCAGAAAUCCCAGCCAGCUUACCAACUGUUAGGAAGUGUGUGAACUGAAGUCCAAAACAACUGGAGGCCCAAAGGUUGGGGACCACUGGUCUAGACAAAGCAGAGAUGUUCUUCUAAUUUCCCCCAAAAAUCUCUAGUUGCCCAUUGGAAAUGGCCUUGCACACUGUUUACUAUAGGCUUCUGUUUAGACAGCUGCUAUAGGGAGGAGACAUAGAAAAGGACUGAUUGCCAAUACUCAAAGGACACACCAGCUGAAUGAGCAAGUAUUUCAGAAAGCUAGCAGCACUUUUCCGUUCCUGGUGUUGACAAUCGUUAUGACAUGUCUCAGUAUUCUAUCAGUGCAAUUUGUGAUGUAAUCCAUUUUAAAGUCUAUUUUUAAUUACAGGA